AGUCUUGUCAGAGCCAAGUAACCCGAAGUAGUGGAAAAAGAGCUGAACGCGAGAGGAAUUUAACUUGGAAAAGAAACGAGAAGGGAAGGAAAUCAAAGGGUUGGAUUCUGGGAGCCCGGCUGCCUGCCUGGGACCCCCGCUGGGUGUCCGGGACCCCCGGCUCAGUGUCUGGGACCCCGGCUGCCUGUCUGAGAACACCCACCCCCGCCGAGUUGUCUGGGACCCCUCGGCUGUGUGGGGUCCGCUCUUUGUCCUGGGGGAGUUUGCGGUGGGAAGGAUGGAGCGGUUUCUAAGUUACCUUCUGGUGGGACUGAACCUUUUGCAAAGAGUUGGAGGACAGACGAUUGCAGGAAGCUGCUCCUUUGACGAACCGUUCAGUGUUUGUGGGUACAGCCAAAGGCUUGAAGACAGCGACCUUGACUGGGAUCAAGUAAACACAAUAGUGAAGCCUUUUAUGGAUCCAUGGAUACCAACAGGGUCCUUUGUGAUGGUUAACACCUCUGGACGCCAGGCAGGACAAAAAGCACAUCUUUUACUGUCAAAACUGAAGGAGAAUGAUACACACUGCAUUGAUUUCCAUUACUUCUUAUCUGGCAAGGAAGGGGCCAACCCUGGGUUGCUAAACGUUUAUGUGAAGGUCAAUGACGGACCCCUCGGGAACCCAAUCUGGAAUGUGUCUGGAAUGACAACAAGAAGCUGGAAUAGAGCAGAGUUGGCCAUAAGCACUUUCUGGCCAAAUUUCUAUCAGGUUGUAUUUGAAGCAGUCACAUCAGGUCAGCCUGGGUACAUUGCCAUCGAUGAAGUGAAGAUCCAAGGACACCCAUGCACAAAAUCUCCCCAUUUCCUUCGCCUGCAGAAUGUGGAGGUUAACGCGGGGCAGAAUGCCACUUUCCAGUGCAUGGCAAACGGGCAAACUUCCUUCACUGACAAACUUUGGCUUCAGCGGCGCAAUGGAAAUGACACGCCCAUGAAGGAGACCAAGGUGUUGAACCACCGUCGAUUCGUAGCUACCUUCAUGGUGGUCAACACCAUGCGGAGGGACACAGACCAUUAUCGUUGCGUGAUUGAGUCAGACAGAGGCUCCGGGGUGUCCAACUACGCAGAGUUGAUUGUGAAAGAUCCACCGACUCCAAUCGCCCCACCUCAGCUUAAUUCUGUUGGCGCUACUUACCUGUGGAUCCAGCUUAACGCAAACUCCAUUAGUGGCGAUGGGCCGAUCAUCCAACGUGACAUCGAUUACCGCAGCACCUCCGGGAGCUGGGCCGACAUACAGCCGGUAGACAGCCAUCAGUACAAAAUUGGCCACUUGGAUCCUGACACGGAGUAUGAAAUCCGGGUGCUGCUCACCCGACCUGGUGAAGGUGGAAGGGGAGCUCCUGGCCCUGCCCUUAAAAUGAAAACAAAGUGCGGAGAUCCCAUGCAUGGGCCAAGGAACGUGGAAGUUAUGGAGAUCAAGUCGAGACAAAUCACAAUCCGCUGGGAGCCGUUUGGUUACAAUGUGACCCGCUGCCACAGCUUUAACCUCACGGUUCAUUACCGGUACGUGGUGGGAGAUCAAGAACACGUGGGCGAAGAAGUCUGCCAAGACACUGGGCAUUCUCCUCCACAGUACACACUGCGCGGUCUCUCACCAUAUACCAAUGUCAGUGUGAAACUGGUCCUGAUGAACUCAGAGGGGAGAAAAGAAAGUGAGGAGCUUGUGAUCCAGACAGACGAGGAUGUGCCUGGUGCAAUCCCAAAAGACUCAGUGCAAGGAAGCACCUUUGAGGAGAAGAUAUAUCUACAAUGGAAAGAGCCGAUUGAAACAUUUGGUAUCAUCACGCUUUAUGAGGUCUCCUACAAUGCCAUCAGUUCCUUUGAGCCUGAGAUUGACUUAUCGAACCAAAGUGGUCGAGUGUUCAAGUUAGGAAAUGAGACCCACCACUUGUUUGUUGGCUUGCACCCAGGAACAACCUAUUCAUUUACCCUCCGGGCCAGCACUGUCAAAGGCUGUGGGCUCCCCGUCACGAAGUCGUUCACCACAAAGAUAUCAGCACCAUCCAUGCCCGCAUAUGACUAUGAUACGCCAUUGAACCAGACCGACAGCACUGUGACUGUUCUGCUGAAGCCGGCCCAGAGCAGAGGUGCACCUGUCAGUGUCUACCAGGUCAUUGUGGAAGAAGAGCGCCCACAUAGGACAAAGAAGGCCACAGACGUUCUGGACUGCUACUUUAUUCCCAUCACCUACCAGAACAUCUCUAUUUCAGACUCCCCUCAUUAUUUUGCUGCUGAAUUUCCACCAACAGCCCUCAAAGUGGCCCAGCCAUUUACCAUUGGAGAUAACAAAACGUAUGGUGGCUACUGGAAUGCUCCACUCCUCCCGCAUAAGAGUUACAGCAUUUACUUUCAAGCAGUGAGCAAAGCCAAUGGGGAAACCAAAAUUGACUGCGUCAGGGUGGCUACAAAAGCUGCGAUAAUUGUGACUCAGCUUACAACACCAUACAUUCGCAUCGCCCCCGCUCCAGGCGACAACCAACUAACAGGAAGUGCGACUCGUAAACCGAGCGCUGAAGAGCCGGAGAAACAGACAGACCACACAGUGAAGAUCGCCGGGGUUAUAGCUGGAAUUCUUCUGUUUGUCAUCAUUUUCCUCGGCAUUGUGUUGAUCAUGAAGAAGAGAAGAAGCUCUCAGUCCUACACUUAUUACCUAAAACUAGCGAAGAAGCGAAAGGAUACCCUGAGCAGUACCCGGCAAGAGAUGACGGUGAUGGUAAAUUCAAUGGACAAGAGUUUUACUGAGCAAGGAACUAACUGUGACGAGGCUUUCUCCUUCAUGGAUACACAUAAUGUGAAUGGAAGAGCCAUGUCCUCACCAUCUUCAUUUACUGUGAAGACAAAUACACUGAAGAGCCCAGGAAUGCAGAAUUCCUACUAUCCAGAUCCUUUCGUGCCAACAGCAAUAUUAGAUGAAAAUCACACUGUCAACAAUGAGGCCAGCAACUUGGCACAGCCCCACCCCUACAAGAAACGAGAACCUGUGGACGUGCCAUACCAAACAGGGCAGCUUCACCCAGCCAUUCGAGUCGCAGACCUGCUGCAGCACAUUACACAGAUGAAAUGUUCCGAAGGUUAUGGGUUCAAGGAGGAGUAUGAGAGUUUCUACGAAGGACAGUCUGCCGCAUGGGAUUCUGCCAAGAAAGAUGAAAACAGGAUGAAAAACAGAUAUGGGAAUAUCAUUGCUUAUGAUCAUUCUCGGGUCAGACUGCAACCAUUGGAGGGUGACUCAAAUUCUGAUUACAUUAAUGCAAACUACGUGGAAGGCUAUCACAGACCGAACCACUAUAUCGCCACACAAGGACCAAUGCAAGAAACAGUCUACGAUUUCUGGAGGAUGAUUUGGCAAGAAAAUUCUGCUACCAUUGUCAUGGUGACAAACCUGGUGGAAGUUGGAAGGGUGAAGUGCUGCAAGUAUUGGCCUGAUGAUACAGAAAUCUACAGAGACAUCAAAGUAACUCUCAUUGAGACAGAACUGUUAGCAGAAUAUGUCAUCAGAACAUUUGCAGUGGAGAAGAGGGGUGCCCAUGAGAUACGAGAGAUCAGGCAGCUCCACUUCACUGGCUGGCCAGACCAUGGUGUUCCAUAUCAUGCUACAGGGCUCCUGGGUUUUGUUCGACGUGUAAAGACAAAGAAUCCAGCAGGUGCUGGACCUAUUGUGGUACAUUGCAGUGCUGGAGCAGGAAGGACAGGGUGCUUCAUAGUCAUUGACAUCAUGUUGGACAUGGCAGAGAGAGAAGGGGUUGUCGAUAUCUACAACUGUGUCAGAGAACUGCGAUCACGCAGGGUCAACAUGGUCCAGACAGAGGAACAGUAUGUAUUCAUCCAUGAUGCCAUACUAGAAGCUUGUCUGUGUGGAGACACAGCAAUUCCUGCCUCUCAGCUCAGGUCUGCUUAUUAUGAGAUGAAUAAAUUGGAGCCACAAACUAAUUCUUCGCAGAUAAAGGAGGAGUAUAGGACUCUUAAUAUGGUGACCCCAACGCUCCGAGUUGAGGACUGCAGUAUAGCCCUGCUGCCCCGGAACCACGAGAAGAAUCGAUGCAUGGAUGUCCUUCCACCAGACAGGUGUCUUCCAUUCCUGAUCACUAUAGAUGGCGAGAGCAGCAAUUACAUCAACGCUGCCCUAAUGGAUAGCUAUAAGCAGCCUUCAGCCUUCAUUGUUACCCAACAUCCAUUACCAAACACUGUGAAGGACUUCUGGAGAUUGGUGUUGGACUAUCACUGCACAUCAAUUGUCAUGCUGAAUGAUGUGGACCCUGCACAGCUUUGUCCUCAGUACUGGCCGGAAAAUGGUGUCCAUCGGCAUGGACCCCUCCAGGUGGAGUUUGUGUCAGCUGACCUCGAGGAGGACAUAAUCAGCAGAAUAUUCCGAAUAUACAAUGCAGCCAGGCCUCAAGAUGGCUAUAGGAUGGUGCAGCAGUUCCAGUUUCUGGGAUGGCCCAUGUAUCGAGACAAUCCCGUCUCCAAACGUUCCUUCCUGAAACUCAUCAGACAGGUGGAAAAAUGGCAGGAGGAGUACGACGGUGGGGAGGGUCGCACGGUUGUACACUGUCUGAAUGGUGGAGGGCGCAGUGGAGCAUUCUGUGCAAUCAGUAUUGUAUGUGAAAUGUUGCGGCAUCAGCGGGCAGUAGAUGUGUUCCACGCUGUGAAGACACUGCGAAACAACAAGCCCAAUAUGGUUGACCUGCUGGAUCAGUACAAGUUCUGCUAUGAGGUGGCGAUUGAAUGCUUGAAUUCCGGUUGAUCGAGAUUUAGCAGAUACUGUGGCAGCUGACAAGACCCAUCCCGUCCACAUUGAGAAAGCAACUCCCUGAUUCCUGGUAAACUGUGAUGAGAGAGCUUCACGUCAUCAGCCAUCAGUUCUACAAGCCAAUGCUUCUCCUUAGUUUUUAUUCCACUCACUGGGUCCCUUCUGGGAGUUCAGAGAAAGAGAGAGAGAGACUGUAAAAAUCUGCUUGCACUGCCAAACAUUUACUUUAAUCCACCAGCUCUCUAUACUGUAGCUGUUUAAUAUUUAAAAUAAAAUUGAUAUUCAUAGUAAAUGUAUACACAUUAUUCAAAAUAUUGUUAGUUAGCUGUUGUAACUAAAGAGCACAAUAAUUUUUUUAAAUGCAAAGUAUUUUACUGACAGUCCAGAGGAGUUGACUAAUGCCAAGAGCAAAAGUUAAUCCAUUAAACUCAAGCCCUAAAUACUUUUCUAAAUCUUUUCCAACCAUAAUCCUCCCUUUAGUCUGAGACAGUCUCCUCCCUGACUCUCACUCACUGACCAGGAGCUGUUCCAUUUCUUACCUAUGUAAAAAAAUCUUCAAGUACUCUCCAGUCACUUGGAAUCAUUUUAUUUAUUACAUGAAUGAUUCUAGUUGAAAAGACAUUGAGUCUUUAAGUCUUAAUUAUUAUACAUUUCAAGUUAAAGUUUAUUUUUAUGGACCUACAUACACAAGAUAUAAAUGACAUGAAAAUUAGCUUUUUACAGUACAUUAUAAACUACAGUCACCAUUUCUAGCUAGCUCCUUUUAAAUCCAAUCUUCCUUCAUAAUAUUAUACUUAAUUCUGUUUUUCUUUCUCUCUCCAACCUCCAACUUCAUGUUCUUUGAGAAACAGUUUGAAGUUUUUCCUUGCAUUAAAGAUUCUACAUCAGCGCAAUUUACAAAUUCAGUCACUUCAGCUCAGUCCACCCAUUCAAUUAGAUCUCAGCUUAUCUGUGUUUUGCCUCCAGUGAAUCCCUACAUCACUGUAUCCAAAAGAAAUGCCAAAAAAUUGAAAUUGGCCUACCCUCCACAGACUAUUGGGAGAGUGAACUUCAGAUUUCUAACCCUCUUUGAAUUCCUAAAUGGUGGACAGA